GGAGUGCACGGGAGCUGCGCGGAGGACACUUCAGCGGCGCCGUCGCCUGCGGCUGCAACGGAGAGCACGGUGAACACAAAGCCAGUCUUCUGAAUUUUCCUUUUCUGGAAAAAAAUGGUGUUUAAAAAGGCCGUGUUCAUGCUGCUGCUUUCCCACACUUUGAACAGGGAAGCAGCAGCCACCCACUGGACAUACAAUGACGUACAGAAAUGGGCGGAGGAUUCCCCAGACUGUGCGGGAAGGAGCCAAUCUCCAGUAGACAUCUUGGCGCCAAAGAUGUUCGAGGCGCCAUCUUUCCUUUUCAAAAACUAUGGGCUGAUCAACGUGAGCCUCGAGAACACCGGGCACUCGCUCAAGGCCAACCUCCACCCCCCGGAGGAGCAGCAACGCCCUCGGCUCGCGGGCGGAGGCCUCUCGGGCACCUUCGAGCUGGACAGCUUCCACUUCCACUGGGGCGACGAAGACUCAAAGGGCUCCGAGCACCUGCUGGGGAGCUGCGCGUUUCCGGCCGAGAUGCAUUUGGUUCACUUCAAGAGGAAGUACGGGUCGCUGAAGAACGCCCUGCAGUUCAACGACGGACUGGCGGUCCUCGGGGUGUGGCUCAUCCCCGGCCGCGACUCCGACAGUAGCGCGAGGGAGGUCCUUGAGAAUGACGGCACCUCCCUCGGCACGCACACCACACACAGCCUCGAUAAGACGUGGCUUCAACAGGACGCCAACAACUCCGACAGUAGCUUGAUGGAGGGCCUUGAGAAUGACGGCACGGACACCACACCGAGCCUCGAUCAGACGUCGCCUCAGCACGACGCCAAAACCACUCACAAAAUCGCAACGGAAGACGACCACUCCGCGGCGGCCAAGAAGUGGUUCCGUGCGCUUACUCCCUCAGAGAAGAUGCUGGACGAUCAGCUGAUUGCGGUCGACCUGAGUCAGCUGAUUCCCUUCGACGACCGGGCCUUCUACAGGUACAACGGCUCCCUCACCACGCCCCCUUGCACAGCGAACGUAGAGUGGACUGUCUUCGAAAACCCGGUGACUGUCCCUCUGCGUUUCCUCAAGGGUCUCCGAGCUCUGACGAAUGAAGAAGGCAAACUCAUUUCGAACAACUUCCGUCCCUCGCAGAGACUAGGAAAAAGGGAGGUUCUCUAUAGUGGCACCAAACUCAAGCAACAUCGUAAGUGCACACACCCAAGGAAAUCAUACACCCUCUCCUGCACCACCAUCCCGAGCUUAGGAUCCUUUGGCACCGUGGCACCCGGGAAGUGUUCGGAGGGCCAGGAGACGUCACCCGCAGACCUUCACUUGGGGGAUGCCACACCCGCUUACGCGAAACGACUUCGCUGGAGAAGGAGAGGCGACUGUGCCAACGCUGUGGUCACGCUGGAUGAUAGGCUUUUAAAGGUGGCUUUCCCAGGUGAGAAACCCCAGUGGGAGCUCUCAGGGGGUCGAUUAACAUCCCCUUAUCACCUGAACCACAUGCUCUUCCGCUGGGGCUCAGAUCAUCACCUUGGGGGACUGAGCUUUCCCUUAGAGGCGCAGCUCGUCCACUACAGCAGCGAAUCUGAUGAUGUAGUCGUUGUGUCCAAGUUCUUCCAGGAGCCUAUAGACCUGCCUGAUGUCCUUGACUCCUUUCAACACACGGAACCUUCAAGGAAUAGAUUGCUCGAAGUUGUCUUUGGGGCGGCACAGGAGCUCAGCACAGGCCCGGGCAAAGAGGAGGAGGAGGAAAUCCCAUCUCCCGACGUCAGCGAACUUAUGGGCGACACCAGCUCCUUCUACGAAUACAGUGGCUCCCUCCCCGACGCCCCUUGCCUCGGGAAUGUUACCUGGAUGGUAAUCCGGACGGCAGGAGACAUAGCAAGAACGCAAUUAGAGGAACUCAGAGAACUCACAGACGAAAGUGGAGAUAAGAUAACAUCCAAUAACAGGCCUCUGAAGCAACUCGGAAAUCGCAAUCUCUUUCUAAGGAUCAACAAACACGAACUAGUCCACGAAUACAACGUAAUGUUGCAGAGACCUAAGAGGAAGUCAGCGGACAGCGGAGCCUCGCAGCACGCCGCAGCAUCUUUGCAACUUUUGUGUCUCUUAGUGCUAACCUCGUCCUUCGUUGCAAGACUGGGAUUGGUAGUAUAAGGAGAGGAGGAGGAAGAAGAAAACAAAAAAGAAAAAAGAAAAAAGAAAAAAAAGAGGAAUAACAGAAGAAAGGAAUUCACGCUUGAUUAUUAUUUUUUUUUUCAAAUCUGAUUAAUAUCUUUUUGAAAACAAAAUCUCGAUUUAUUUAUCUUUUUAAACAUUAAUCUUACUGGAUUCCUCGUUUUCUUUAACUGUACCUCUGCUGAUUGCAACUAUGCUUUUUGUUUUUGUUUUUGUUUUAGCAAACACAAGGAUCUGAUCCCAUUGUAGUAUGGAACUGAACUGCUUUUUAGAAGACAACACUCGAAAAUACUUUGGUCUCUCCUAAAAUGACCCGAUUUCUUCACUUUUGACAGGCUAUUUUAAGAUGGCAUUGCUUCUCUGAGAAAUUUAUUAAUAAAAGAAAUUUGAAAUGA